CCUUUAUGUACUUCGAACUAUUUACUCAUUAAUGAGUGAAAAUGUACUUCAAAAAUAGAUUCUCUUCGACCAGCAACCCAUUCAGUUUGCCAGUACUCAGUAGUGAAGCAGCAUUUUAAAAGUUAGAAACCUUUCAACUUCUAGUGCAAAAAAGUACCCUGGACGAUGGAGGAGUUGCGAGGCAGGUUGGACCAGAACAGCUUCCAGAAGCUGCAAGACCACAAAUUCACUGAUGAUUCUUUGAUAUACUUAACGGAUACGGAACUCACAAAAAUGGGAAUAACGGAAAUGGGACCUAAGCUACUUAUUUUGUCGUACGCUGCAAAAAGGAAGUGUCCUACGUCGAACAUUUUACCAAUAGCAUCAACCUCGAAGAAUGAACCAUCAAAAGAUGUGUUCACAGAUGUCAAUAUGAGUCAAACCAAUCCGCACGUAGUCCGGUCCAACGAAGGUUUUACAACAAGGCAUACCUACGGGUCUCAUAUUGAAGCCCCUGAUGGCCACACAGCUGGUUCUUCAUCGAAAAGCAAUCAACCUGGUCACUCUGUAGAGACUAUGUCUAUUCGUCAGACAUUGGAGUUGAACGCGAAAUUCCGCAAAACGCUAUACUCCAAACUAGAUACAGGCGUCCUACCAAAUCACAAGGAGCUUCUACAUAUGGUCCGCAUUUUGUGCGCUGAUAUGGUUGAAAAUCUUCUACAUAAACAAACAUAUCCUUCCUUUGACCAGAAGAUGACAUUGGCUAAAAACAUUAUUGAAGCAUUUCCAUUUUUACAAGUAACCAGAAUGUCAGAGGACAGUCCCGUUUAUUCAUAUUUCUUCUGGCAGAACGGCGGUAGGGGCCCCAAUAAAGAGCACACCGGUAUCAUUCAAACACAUUUGCGAAACGAAUGUAAAAAUAUCUCACCGAGUAAAAAAAAAUUCAGGCGUACAAAUAAACGACAGUUGGACAACUCAGUUGCCAGGUACAUGACAGAAACGCACGACCUGCUUCUGAUGCUAUUGGAUGCCAAAAAAACGGUGAUUGAAAUAUUGAAUGUUUUCCCCCAUCUAAGGUCCUACAACGGUAGUAUGAUUCAGAAAGCGUAUGAGCGAUUGGUGCCUUGUUAUAAUAAGGAAGCAAAUUUGAAGCAACUUUUUUCUCGAGGAUUGUUGUACGAGCAAGGCAGUUUCAGUUCAUAUGGUGAUUCUCAUGUUCGAGGUUGCCUUCGAAUACUCACACAGCUCACCAGAAGAGGAAUUCGCAAGACCCUUAGAUCCAUCGACAAUGAGUCUAUGGAUAUAGAACAAGAACUGGCUGCUCCUAUCAUUCGAACCAUUCAGGAUACCGACAUCUCGCUACAACAACAGUUGUCGAAGUAUGUUGCUUCGAAUGCUGUUUCCGAUACAGAAGUAGCACCUCAUCUGAUAUACAACGGAAACUCUUACCUCUUGUAUUUACAAUCCCAGGUCAUCAUCUGCGGCAGAGAGUCGAUUCGUGCCAUCGAUGUCCUAUUUAAAGCUUUUACCGUAUUCGGUAUUAAUCCUCCGGCUACACUACAGAAGAUGAUGGACUUCAUUGAAAUAAUCUGUUACCAAACUAAGAAAACAAGCUCCAGGCAGUCAGUAAACAAGCUGGUCAAAUCAUAUCAAGAAUCUUUAGAUGCAGGCAGCAGUGAUGCCGAAGACUGAUUUUCUACUCAAGUUCGAAUCUGAAUAAGGUUUACAUGAAAAUGUGAACAUUUUUAUUAAACAUGUCAUAUUUAAUAUCAACUGGACUUUUUCAUAUCGAAGUGGCAUUUGUUAAUAAGAUCGUAUGAAAUAAUGUUUUUUAUCAGUUGCAUUUUGCCCAAUAUUUUUACUUUAAAUCAACAACACUUAUGUAUAAAAUAAUAUGAUAAUAAAUAAAAAACGAGUUUGAUUGGA